UUAUAAAAUUUACAGUAAAUGUUACAUCCAAUAUAAACUGUAUUUUCAGAAGGUUACUAUGAUGACUUGACGUGUGUGUGUAUAAUGUAUUUGUUUAUCAAUCAUUCGCGCAGUUAGUAGGCUAACUAUGAGUCAUUUGAGCCAGAUGAUGUAAUCUUGUAUAUGUUAACAUUAACACUAACCGGUCAACUUCGAAGCAGCUAGUUUUCUGAUUCAUUGUGACUUGAGCUCUGUUGUAGCUGUCAAAUAUGGCAUCCGAGGAAAUGAGAACUGAGGAAAACCUGAAAGAGGAUUCUGACAGACAAAUCCACAUAGAUGAGAUGAAACAAGAAACUAGCCAAAACAUUUGUCAGCACUUCCUCUUGGGCAAAUGUCAUUUUGGAGACAGAUGUCGACUGUCUCACAGUGUACUUGACGUCCCUCAAACCACACACUCAGAGGAAGAUGAUUCAGCCAUCACAGAAAAGCAGAGCAAGACCCGAAAAAACAGAAAACCAAUAAAUGCAGAAAAGCAGCAUAUAAGGAAUGAGAAGGAAGUCUCAGGGUGUAAGAAAAAGCCACGCAUGCGUACAGCUGACGAUGUCAUCUCCAGAAUUAUGUGGGACUCCUCAGUGGACCCAGCUGAUUUUAUAGUCGGUCACCUGGACCGUUUCCUUGGGGUGCUGGAACGCCCAUUCUCUGACUUCUCUUGGGACACUCAGGUAUGUGACUGUGACUUCUCUGAGGAGCUGUCUAUCCCUCGUCAUAGGAUCCAGUACUUCAGCUAUAAAGGUCAGCGGUUGUGGGAUAGGGACAGUCGCACUGACAGGGUGUUCGGUUCAACAGGGCAGACUAUUUUGCCCCCUUUUGGUGGUGCGAACCAGCAACAAGACAAUUUAGCUGACACUGAACAACACGAAGAGACCUCCAACACAGCAGAUGACCAAGAGCGAGCGACUGAAUUUUCUCAAGAACAGGACGAUGGUGCCGCUACAAUUAAAACAAGCAAACGAGAACUGGGAGAUGCUGUAGAUCACUCAUUUACAGAAAAUGCUGAAGAUGAUACUUUACUUCUGCAAAAAGAACCUGCACAAGAAGACCAAAACAUGUCGGCUACCGAAGAUUUGAAGCAGUUGGCUGAGUUAUCCGUCGCUCCGAAAGAGGAACAGACUGAAAUAGUGGAAGAAUGGAAGGACAGCUGGGACGGAGAGAGGGGUACAGAAGCAGAGCCAGUAUCAUCCUUACCAAAAGAGCCUCGCUCCAACCGUCCUCCUCCACGCAAAGCCACCCACUUCAUCUGCUUCCGCGUGGACUCUCCCGCUGCUCUCCAGGCCUUUCAGCGCAUUCAGAAAAAGGUUCUCUCCCAGCUUCCUCAGUCAGAGCCGCUGUGGGUGGACCCUGCAACUUUGCACGUCACUCUUUCCUUACUUGUCCUGAAGGGCCCAGAGGAAGUCAGCGCUGCUGCUGAGCUCCUGCGUACCAUAAUCGGAAACUCCCACAAACCUCCUAUUUCUGUCUCUUUCACCCCAAAACUAAAGCACUUCAAUGGGACUGUUCUCCAUGUGGCCCCACAACCCCUCUUCGAUGUCCAGUGCCUGAAUUCCCCGCUUCAAGAAGCCUUCAAGGAGAAGGGCUGGCUACAUCGCCAUUCCCGAUGCCCAACAUACCACCUCACCCUGGCCAAAUCGAAGGAAGCCAUGAGAGAGAAGAUAUUUGAAGGGAUAGGGACUGUUAAACUAGCCAAAGAUAUCAACUUCGGGAAGCUAGAAGUAAACAAACUCUAUCUUUGUGUGAACGGUCAUUCAAACACAGAGAACGGUUUCUAUCAGGUCGUGUGUGUUGUGCAGCUGCCCAAUGUGUAAAAGUUAUCUGGUUUAUGUAUCAUCUGAACUAAGGGUUGAUAGUUACUUACUACUAUAAAUAAUUUAUAUAUUGUAAUAAAAAGAUGUAAUCAUUUACUCCUAAAAUCCUUCUUUUCCAAUCCAAUUCCAAUUUUAAAAAUGUUUACAAUAGUUUCUACAUCAUCUCUGUUGCAAUGAGAAACACUAUUCGGUUUUUAUAUCUUUAUAUUCUCUCUUCAAAAACUCUAAUUUUGGAUAAACAAGCAUUUGCAACAUUGGACAUUCUUUAUGUAUAUGUACAGUAGUCAUAUUUCAGUGUGUAAGCGAUAUUAAAUUGAAUGGCCAAAGAACUGAGCAGAUUCGACAUUUGAAUUUUACAUAAUUUUAUUAUUUAAGUUUUAUUUUGUUUUCCUAUAUAGGUUAAUUUAAAUUUAAUUAGUACAUUUUUGUACCAAUAUAAUUAAACCUUCUCUUAGUUGAGGUUUGUGUGUGCAUCUGCUUACCCCUCUCUUAGGUAAAGAAGCACAGGAUUCAGGAUCUGGUCAUUUCUUCACUUUCUGUUCAGACAUUUAUUGUAAGAUGUUGCUAAGUGACUCAGUGCAAGGCAGUAUUUUUGGAUCACUUAUCGAACUGGAUGUGAGGGGGAGUGUGUAAUUUUUUAUUGAAAGUGGACUGGAUAUAAAUAAGUAAUUCACCAUGUAUUUCAGCUAUGUUUUUAUAGCACACACUCUCAAUUAUUCAAGAUCAAACAAACAACUCUGAACAGCUGUACAUCUAGCCUCUGGAAUGUCUUUUAUUAAAUCAAUUCAAUCAAACUAAA